AUGCCGCUGCCGGCUGGGUCAGUGUCCGUGUGUCCUGCAGGCUGCAGCCCCAGCAACAACGCUCGGCUCGCCGUCGCCUCUCCGUCCUCUCCUCCGCUCCGCGACCGCCACGUGCAAACCGAGCUCAGCUGGGACUGGGAGGAUGGAGACGCACGCGCAGCACGACUCGGCACGCCGGCCGAGUCGCGCGUGCGCAAAUUAUUGGGCAGCCUCAGACAUCACACCAAACCUGAAAUUCGGGAGAGUGGGCCAGAGCCCUGGAAGAUGCUCAAGUCCUACUUCUGGAAGGAUAUGUGGGUGCUAUUUCCUAAUAGGUCCAUUCAUAAAGUGAAAAUUGGCAGUCUAGAGAGACGGGGAUCCCCACAGCUAAAGUUCUCCAUUGACCAGGAUGCUGUUGUGUGGCCCACAUGGCUCAACCAGACCCUGCCUCAUGCCAGGUGCACCGAGAGCUGUCGCCCUGGGUAUGCCAAAGCCAUUAAGGAAGGAAAGCCAGUUUGCUGUUACGAUUGUGCUCCAUGCACGGAAGGGACAGUCUCCACCCAGGAAGAUGCAAGCCAUUGCAACAAGUGCCCAGAAGAUCAGCAUCCAAACAAGGAACGAGAUCAAUGUAUCCCCAAGACUGUAAUCUUCCUGCCCUUUGAAGAAUCUUUGGGGAUCAUCCUAGCUUCAUUUGCUCUAUUCUUAUUCCUCACCACAGGAUUUGUGUUAGGAAUCUUCAUUAAACACAUGGAAACUCCAGUCGUCAAAGCGAACAACCGGGUCCUCUCCUACAUUCUCCUCAUCUCCCUCUUGCUUUCCUUUUUGUCCUCCUUUCUAUUCAUUGGUCAGCCCCGAAAGGUGACCUGCCUUCUUCGCCAAAGUGCCUUCAGCAUCAUCUUCUCAGUUGCUGUCUCGUCUGUGUUGGCCAAAUCCAUCACCGUGGUGGUUGCAUUCAUGGCCACCAAGCCAGGGAAUCGGAUGAGGAAAUGGCUGGGGAAGAGUUUGGCCAAAUCCAUUGUCGUUUCUUGCUCCACUGUUCAAGUUGGGAUCUGCAUUGUUUGGCUGGGAAUCUCUCCACCCUUUCCUAGCUACGACAUGCACUCCCAGCCUGGACAGAUCAUCCUGCAAUGCAAUGAAGGUUCAGUCACUCUGUUUUACUGUGCCCUGGGCUACCUGGGCUUCUUGGCUGCCAUCUGUUUCACAGUGGCUUUCCUAGCCAGGAAGCUGCCUGGGGCAUUCAAUGAAGCCAAGUUGAUCACCUUUAGUAUGUUGGUCUUUUGCAGUGUUUGGGUCUCCUUUGUUCCUGCCUACCUGAGCACAAAGGGGAAAUACAUGGUGGCUGUGCAGGUCUUCUCCAUCUUGGCCUCCAGUGCUGGGUUACUGGUUUGCAUCUUUCUUCCCAAAUGCUACAUUAUUCUCUUGAGGCCUGAUCUGAAUAAAAAAGAACAUCUAAUCAUGAAAAAUAAAGAUGGCAUUUGA